AUGCACAACUAUCUUGCUGGAUCACAUUCGGAUGUUGUUUCUCCGCGUGGUCCAAACCGACCCGGUGCUUUCUGCACAAAGAAACAACUACAAAGGUUACUGACUGCCUUCUCGACAACGAAUAUAGACUCUGGCAGGGACGACAAAUACGAGGCAUCCCCCAAAUCUUUGGUAUCUGGUGGACAGCCAGACAGAUAUACUUGUGUGUUUUUAGCGAAAGACGAUACCACAGUCACACCAUGGGCUCAACAUUUCGUCGAGCUUGAAUAA